UUGCGAAGUGCAUGCGGCAUGCGCGAAGUGCGCGGCACGAAAGUUAAUGACAAUCUUGAGACUGUUGUCUUGUUGAGUUAUAAUCGCAUAACAAAAUAGCGAAAUUGAGACUACAUGGAUCACUCUUUCAACAGUUCAAGUGGCUCAAGGAGCGGCAGUCAUCACAGUGAUCAUGCUGAUGCUUCACAGAUUUUGAAAGAGCUGCUAAAUUUGGGGAAACCUGCGCAAAUGCAGCAAGGCCAAGCAUAUAGUUCACAUGCUGGUAGUGCUACUCAUCACAGCAUGGAAGGGAAUGGUGCAAACAAUCUUGGUGCUGACAGUGCAUCACCAAAGGAUUUUAUUCAGGCCGGAGGUGACUCGGGAACACCGAUGAAUCUAACAGAUACUGUCCGACAAACCAUUGAACUGGUUGGGGAUGACCGGAGUGGAUCGAUACCGGUGUAUGGCCAGGAGGUCAGUGUCAUCCCUAGUGAAGCUUCAAAGAGAGACAGCUCAGCUCCAGGCAGUAGCAAGGUAAAGACCACACCAGUGGUGAAGUACGACUGGGAACACAAGUACUAUGUGGGCAACCUAGUGGCUGUCAACCAAACCUACCUGGUGUAUGUCCUGAAAAUUCAGAGUGGGUAUGGGCUGCGCAUCCUGAACAAGCACACCUCUGUGAGGGCGCUGUUGAAGGGCUUUGAGGAUAUCAUCACAGACGUCGCGUUUGCCCAUCAUCAGUCCAACGUUCUGGGUUGCAUCGACCGACUGGGCAACUUGACAGUCUGGCAGAUUAACGACAUUGACGGCAAGAUUAUGCCCUCCCCCAAGUUGAAGGUGACCCGGCCGGCCACCACCCACCCCACCGACUAUCAUCGACUAGUCUGGUGUCCGUACCUGCCUGAUGACCCCUCGGCUAGCGACACCAGCUCAGCCAGUGAUGAGAACAGCCGACUUCUGGCCGUUACGCAUGAAGAAAGGGCAGAGUUUUGGGACUUGGACGUCGUAAUUGAGCUGUUUGGUAAUUCAGUGAAUGCAGACAAUGUUACUGACGGCGUUAUCCGAAUUUACAGCGGACACACUAAGCCCAUCACCGACCUGUCUGUCGCCCCCGAUGGUCAAGUCUUAGCCACAGCCAGUGAAGACGGGACAGUGAAGUUUUGGCAGAUGGACAUGAAUGCACCAGAUCAGGCCCCUUCCAGGCUGCACAGAUUCUCCCCUCAUGAGGGCAGGCCACUCUCUGCUUUAAUCUUCUGUGACAAUCACAAGUACCAGGAUCCAGAUCUUCCAUUUUGGAGGUUCCUAAUCACUGGAGCCUGCGCCAACCGAGAGAUCAGGAUGUGGUGUACUGUUACCUGGACAUGCCUGCAGAAACUCAGCUUCACCCAACCAGGCCUCCUCCCUGAACCCCUCCUGAAAAUCAAGCUUGAUCUAUCAGCAAGUUUCCUGAUUGUCACUGACAUCACCAGAAAGGUGCUGUAUGUCCUACAGGUACAUCAGGACCACGCUGAAGGUCAGGCCCACAUGAGCUCCAUCACGGACUUCCUUCUGACCCAGCCUGCCCUCAGCUUUGCCAUUGUGGAUGCGGGCAAGUGCCGUCUGAAGCCCCUCCUGGAGGAGGGAGAAGACGGGGAGGAGCUUAACUCAGGUGAGAUGCUUGAAAUGGUGGGUGGUGACGUGGAACCAAGUCACAUGGCAAGUACCGGCGUGGCCGUCAAAAUGUUCUGCAUCAACUCAAGGUCGGUGCUGGACCUACAAGUUCGCUUUCAGCCCAACCCCUCAGUAGAGCAUGGCAACACGGCCGGUUCAGUUAGCUCUGCCUCACAGGAUGAAUAUGCUCUACAGGAUGGCCUGUCAGACAUGAGCAUGAACGACACCGAUCGAUCCGUCCGGACGGAUGUGGACAGGUCCCCUGCCGUCCAACACACAAGCUCCCUGACUGCUGGCUCCUUGACCAGCUCCUUCACCUCUGAGUCCACCAACCAUUCCAACUCCCAGCCCUACCUGAUGACCCCGGAUGCCAUCAAGAGCAGCAGUGCCAAGACCCUGGCCGAGCAUCUGCGGGAGAGCAACUCCAGUGCCAGCAGCUUCACUCAGGUCUCUGCCAUGAACACCUCCGGUGGCGGCGAUGACCUCCUCAGCUCCCACAAUUCCCUGGAGAAUACCACCCCUACCCCGAUGACACUCACCCCUGCAUCCAGCCUCCCCAACACCCCAAAGUCACCCCGGAGGCCCUCACCAAUCGCCUUACCUCAGGAAGACCCUGCCGCUGAGGAGGAUUACGGUUCAGAGGAUGAAGGACCCAAGUCCCCACCCCCGACUCCAACGGACCUAGCAUCCCCCGAGAUGAUUGCCCGAUCCGCGGCAAGCACAGAAGACCUGGCAGAGCUCUUGGAGAAUGCUCGCAUGAAAGAGAAGCGGAUCUCAGACUCAAGCGCAGAGGUGGCACAGAUCUUGCGAGGACGUCUUGAACAGGAGCAGGAGGAGCAAGAUCAAGAACAAGAAGCUGAAGACGACAACGGGAGAGAUGAGGAUGACGAGGAUCUUCCGGAGGAAGAGGUUGAGGAGAUGCCACCCAUUCCUGUCAUUGCAGAUGCCAUCCCUCUUGACCUGGAUCAAGUCAAGGACACUGCUGUCAAGAAGGCAGAAAACUCCUCCAUGGAGCCAGUACAGGAGACACAAUUACCCACUGGAAAAAUGGACGAGGAGGAUAACAUGGAAGCAGCACUAGGGAGGGAGGUGGUUGUCAUCAGCCCCAAGCAAGAGAAGACUGGAGGCCAAGACUCUGAGGAAGCCCCUCAGGGUAGGGGAACGCCCACCCCAACCCCCGGGGAGGAGGGUGAGACACCUGAAGCCCCCCAGUCUGGGGAUGACAGCCGUGAGCACCUGGGUGGGGGAGCCAUGGCCCCGGUGCCUCAGCAGCUGCUGGAGGUCCAGGGGCAGGAGUCAUGCAGUGAGCACAGCUCUGAUGUGGAGCCAGCCGACUCGACUUCUCCCUCAGGAGCCAGGAGUAAAACCAAGAAGCAGCGACGAGAUAAAUACAGCCGGACCUCCCCACGACCCAGGAAAUCACUGCCGACUGAGGGCGAGGCUAGAGUGGAUAUACCAGAGAUCAGCAGCACCUUGCAGCAGGUGCUGAGCCUGCUGCAGUCCCAGCAGCAGGAACUCAAGCAGAUGAAGCAGGACAUUGCCAAGUCCCAGCAGGCUAACAGCAUCAUCCAGUCCAUGAGGUCCCGCAUUGACAAACUGGACAAGAGCUUCUGCACCAAGAUGGAAGCCACCAUGGCCAAACAGUCCGAGCAGGAACGUCAAAGGUUAAACACUGCCUUGCAGGAGAGGCAGUCACUGGACAAGCAGAAGCAGGAGCGGCUCUUGGAGUGCGUCUCGCAGAAUCUGAACAAAUCCGUCACCAGUCGUCUGGAUAAGACGGUGCGCACUGAGAUUGAGAACAAGGUUGUACCAGAAAUCGGGAAGCUGAUUGGGCCAAUGAGUGAGCAGCUUAGCACUGUAGUCUCACAGAAACUGACUGCCACAGAUCAGCUGAUGAGAGAGAACAUUGGCAAGCUGGUCAGGUCCAAGGGUACGACUGAGGCAAUAGGGCAAUCAGCUGCCAAUGCACUGAGCAGUACGAUCCAGACCACAUACAGAGAGGCCUUCAGAACCAGCGUGGUGCCGGCCUUUGAAACGUCCUGCCAGUCACUUUUCAUGCAAGUCAACACAGCCUUUGAGGCUGGAACCAGGCAAUACACUCACCAGUUGGAGUCCCAUCUCAACAAGCUGAGACAGAAGGAUCGGGAAUCCAGAGACCCUAUCCUAGCUGAGCUGCUGUCCCUAGUAGAGGAGUUCAAGGCUAGCUCACAAGCCCUCAAAGACAGCGUCUUGAACAGCGUGCAGACAGAGAUGGAUAAACAACUACAGAAAUCCAAUGAGAAAAUGGAGCAAGAUAUCCUAAGCAAAGUGCGCAAACUGUUGAAGGAGGAGCUGCAAGCAGCCUUGCGUGACCACCAGAGCAACGUGGAGAGCAGCAUUGCGGCCGUGGUGCGGUCCCAGGCACCCACCCCAGUCCCCCAGGCGCCUGACAUCAGACAGAUCCAGGGGCAGAUCACUCACUUGCUGCAGCAGGGUCAGAUCAUACAGGCCUUCCAGAGUGCCCUGAGUGCCUCAGACCUUCGUGCUGUUCUCUUUGUAUGCAAUUCCGUCAACCCUGAUCAGCUGUUCGGCGAAUCUUGCCCCCUGGACCAGCCCGUCCUGCUGUCUCUCAUCCAGCAGCUCUCUCAUGACAUCGGCAGUAACACCAAGCUCAAACUCAGAUAUAUCGACGAGGCCUUGCUGGUUCUCUCAGACGACAAGACCACCAACCAGUACCAUGAGCAUCUACCCAUAGUCAUCGGGGAUCUCAUCAAAAACAUCACAGCAUUCUUACAGCAACACCCGAGCCACGCCAAUGCCAAACAAAUGAAGCGUGUACUUGCGUUUGCUAAUGGCCUGAAAUAAACAACAACAACAACAACAAAAUAAUCAACAGUGAAACAGGUGUGUGUUCUUUCAAAGAGCCAAGUUAUAAAGCUUGUUUUUAUGCAUCUAAUCACAGCGAAAACAUGUAGUGAGCGAUUAUCCAGAUUUUUAAAUAGAAGGGAAAAUUGCAUUUUUUGUGAAAACUCUUUGCUGUAUGCUUAAUCAAACUUAUUUCAGUAAUAGGGAUCCUAGUCAUUUCAAAAUAGUUCAGUUUAUAACAUACUGAAAUUUACUGUACUGACAAAAGUUUUGCACUGAAUCAUUUUGUUAACAUCCCAGAAAAAAUCUUGUUAUUCUUGCGUGCUGCAUAUUUUUUGUUUACUUUUUAAGAUACAGUAUUAUUGGAGUAACAUAGCCUUUAUGAUGUAAUUAUCUCAGUGAAAUGUAAAUUUCAAUAUUUGGUUUGCCUUAAUGAUUUUACUCUUAAAGCACUGUGCUGUCUGAGAAUUUGCAAAAGAAACAUUCUUGAUCUUACUCCGGUUGGACUCGAACCCAUGACAAGCACUUUGCAAAACCACCAUUGAAGCUAACCAUAUAUGACCCGUCACCUUGUAAGGAAUUGAGAUGGUUUUAUUUCUGGUUUCUGCAAAACAACAGUUUUCUAACGGUAUAGAACAUGAGGUGGUUACUAGGUUUAGUCCUGGAAGUAUAGACUACCAGCUAAAUUGAAGUUGUAAAAGUAAAUUUUGAGAAAAUGACAUUUAAAAAAUCCCGAUGUUGUUUUACAGUGAAUGAACAGUCAACGAAUAAAACGGGAUAAAAGUAGGUUUUAAAGAUGUUUCAUAGAACAAACAAUUGGGCUAAGGUAGAUCAGGACUUACAGAUUGAGAUUCACCUGUAAAAAAAACAACAAAUCUAUAACCCCUUAAAUUUUGGUUUUGCCCCUACUGCAAAAUGGAAAAUUCUCGUGUUUGUGGUGACAGGACACAUCCUUAGAUUUCUGUACAUAAUUCAAAUUACCUCUUAGGUUGCUUGAUUGCACCUGCCUUACUCUGGCCCUGUAUUUUAUUAAAAGUUACAUUUUUCCCCAGUUGAAAUGAAGAUAAACAAAACCCUUGUUAAAGUGUAGGCCAGUUGAAAUCAAUUUACUUUGUAGAUUUCUGAUUCCAAAACCCAGCGGUGCAUGUAUCUACGCAUGAUGUUUACCAGUUAAGGCCGAUCUCGCUAAGUAUCUGGGGUAAAUUGCAGGAGGUUUAUACGCAAUGGACCCACUGUAUCAAGUACUACUUGCAGUCCUCUGAACUACUUCCCAAGAAUGUUCCCAUAAUGAAGUUCCCUCUUGAAAGCAACGCUGGUGAUUUCAUUCUAGAAAGAUUAUGGGAAAGUAGUACAGAACCGUGCAAGGAACACCCGAAACAAUCGGCCUAUGAUAUCCGAUCCGCGCGCAAGUACGCGCCCUCAUCGCAUUUUACAAAGGAAGAGAUAAGGUUAGACCAAUGGGAGGGACCUUCGAACGCAUUGCGAAGACGCUGUGGCUAAGUUCGUGGUGCAUCUUUGUGUCAUCCGGGCGUCAACCUGUUCAAGCACGCGGUGGCCGUGCACUGGGAUCGAAGAAGUGUAUAAAAAAAAGCGCCACCUACAUUCGUGCAUGGAGUCCUUUGCCGAUAAACCUGUUUGCAACUUACCACAGAUAAUUAUUUAUUGAUUUUAUUUUGUUUGCUCUUUAGAAAAGAAAUCACGAUAUGCUGAAUUUUUUUUUUAUGAGGUUCGACAGUAAAAGUCCUGACCACUUGCUGUCUGUUGCUGUUUGACGUUAUACUUGUGCAAUGUCAGGCUCACUGUGUCAUUUUUUUUUCUUUCUUUUUAAAUUCUUAUAAAUAAAUAUCGGGAAAUAAUA